UCAUCGUUUCAACCGUACAGCUUCCGGUUCGAGUUCCGAUUCAUAUCGAACGCCGCCGCCGCUGCCGCUAGGGCAACUCUAGCAGGCGUCGCUCCAGAGCUUCGGCCAUUGAUCGUCGGUCACCGUGACGGCGUGGUUGCCGUCCGCCAGCCGCAGCCACAACCCCGAACCCUCAACCAGCCGGUGACGUUUAAAUCUAGAGCCCGAGGGCGUGCUUCUCUCGUUGCAAUGGAGGCCAGGUUUUUCAGGUUUCUGAAGCUCGUCGGAGUCGGCUUCAAAGCGAGAACGGAGCGCGAAGGACGCGAGUUGUUUCUGAAGGUAGGCUUCAGCCAUGAAGUGCAGUUCACCGCCCCGCCCGCCGUCCGCGUCUAUUGCUUCAAACCCAACCUAAUCUGCUGCAUUGGCAUCGACAAGCAAAGGGUACACAGCUUCGCUGGUGCCGUCCGAACCAGCAAGCCUCCGGAGGUGUACAAGGGAAAGGGCAUACUAUACAUCGAGGAGGUUAUAAAGAUUAAGCCGGGGAAGAGGGACAGGCAGAAGAGGGGGAAAUAAUAUGCAUGACGUGCGGCUAUCUUGUGCCAAGUGAACUUCGCAAUAAUAUGACCUUUGUUUUGCUUUGAGCUACCUAGAUGUCACCUUCAGUAGCUCAACGUGUUUGGUACUGCCACAACUGUCUUCAUCUUUUGUCUACAGAUCAUCAGCCUGUUAUGUGUUA